AUGGUUGUCCAGAAGCUUUACUACAUGAUCUCAACCAAUCCAAACUUGGAUCAAGAUUUCAAACAAGCCGUGGAAAAGCUCCCGCAGAUCUACAGCCCAAGUAACAAAGUGGCUUAUGAUGCUUUCAUUGACACGUAUGGCACUCACUUCAUAAACAAGGUACAGACUGGUGGCAAAGUAGUAUCAAUGACCAGUAUCAGGGAGUGCAAGGCCUCCAUGAUGGGCUUGAGCUCCGAUGAGGUGAAGAUGUGCCUCGGUGCUGAAGUUGCUGGAAAAAUCCCAUACAAGGUUGACAUUGACCUUCGUGCAGAAAUGAAGUUCUGUAACGGAAAGAAGGAGAUAGUGCAGGGGAGACAAAGCUUCUCAAAUGUCUUUCAUGACAGGAUCACAGAAAUCUCCGGUGGGCAAACAACAGAAGGUGAGCUCCUUUUCUCUGCAGAUCGAGAUGCCACUGCUUACAAAAAGUGGCUUGCAUCCCUGCCAGUGAGCCCAGAUGUGAUCUCCUACACGCUGAAGCCCCUUCACCAGCUGAUUCCAGAUGGAAAGUUGAAGAGAGAGCUGAAACAAGCCAUCAAAGACUACAUCCUCAGCAGGGGCGCCAUGAGGGAAUGCUCUGGCCACUGCAGCCUUGGGAGGAGAACCAAGCCGAGGUCCUGUGAAUGCCACUGUCAAUCUCACAAGGGGCUAGGAACCAACUGUUGUCCAACGCGCAGUGGCUUAGCCAUAGUUGAUUUGACUAUUAUUAGGGGACAAGGUCUGUAUGGGGACACUCUCUCUGGUACUGAUGGGUAUGUGAAGAUCUUUGAUGAGAAUAAAAUACUGCUUGGCAAGACAUCCAUAAUUCAGAACAAUAACAAUCCUUACUGGAACUGGGAACUCAACAUUGGUGACAUGCUGCUGUCUGCAAACAGCAAACUCAAGAUUGAAGUGUGGGAUGAAGACAACAGAUACGAUGAUCUCCUUGGAACAUGCUUUGCAAAACUUCAGUCGGGGGGUGAUCAAGGUGAGAGGGUCUGCUCUCUUAGAUAUGGGGUGGUGUUCUACAAGCUGAAGGUAACCUGUGGUCCGAGUCUGAGUGGCCCAUCCUGUGCUGAAUAUGUGAGCUCUCCCAUGGACAGUCUGUUGGAGAAGCUGUAUGUCUCUCGUCAUGCUCGUCCCAUUCCAAAGUGCAUGCUUUCCCAAAUGGGACUGCGGUUGGAUGGGUACACAUUCAAUUACACGCUUACGGAUCACAGCUCAGUUCUGAAUGGAGAUAAGGCUGACUUGCUCUAAGUUCAAGCAAAAAUGUUUCAGGAUCCCCUCUUGUCAAUGCAGCUAGUUUGUUUUGCUGGUCAGGGUAUUAGUCUUAUGCAAUUAGACUGAUCCACAGGCUUACUGAUCAAGUUAUAUGUGUGCUAUCAUCAAGAAA